AUGCAGGUGCACAUUAUUCUAAGCUUCCUGGCCGUUGUCAUAUUAUGUCAGGAGAAAAAGGUCUCGCGAUUACAGAUUGGAAUUAAGAAAAGACCGGACAAAUGUGACAUGAAAACCAAGAAAGGCGACGUAGUGCACGUGCAUUAUACAGGCACUUUAGAGGACGGAACAGAGUUCGAUAGCAGUCGAACGCGCAAUCAGGAAUUCACAUUCCCGCUAGGUAUGGGACAAGUCAUAAAGGGGUGGGAUCAGGGUUUGUUAAACAUGUGUGAAGGUGAGCAGCGAAGAUUGACGAUUCCAUCAGAAUUAGGAUACGGAGAACGUGGUGCACCUCCAAAAAUUCCGCCUGGUGCAACUUUGAAAUUUGAUGUUGAACUCAUAAAAAUUGAGAGGAAAUCAGAGUUGUGA